AAAUUAAACUUACUUAAUCUGAAACGAUAACAUAUUUGUCAGAGUUUAAGUCAAAUACCUAAGUCUAUACUUAUUAGUUUCUCAUUAGAAUUAGAAGAAUCAGUCUACUGCGUCUGUAAGUAAGGCAUACAUGACAAAUGCUGAUAUAUUUCUCAAUUUCCUUAUAAAUAUUAGGGUUAGGCCAAUGUAAGUACUAAAUUCUUUGCUAAUCUUUGACUACUUUGUAUACUUUGGUGGAUUUGUUUUAAUACAUAAUUUCUCAUAUUUUUGGGUGUAAUAAUGACACUGUUGUAGGAUCUUGUCUGAGUAUAUAUUUAUAAAUAAUUAUACUCGGUAUUUGACAAAGAUUAUUUAUUUAGGGCUGGUAAAUCACGAGCAAUACAUUUAAAAUACCAACAGCCAAGAAUCGUCCAUGACAGCAUUUGUCUUUUUAAAGAAAAGAAACAUCGCGCAGGCGCGAGCUCGUCGUCACAGCGCAUGCGCGUAGACAACUGUUAUUUUUAAUACUAUUCCUUGAAUGACAUGUCCGGGCUCCACAAAGCCGGCCCGGAUCCCCAGCAGCCAGCUGAAGUAUCUGCAGUUUGUGGUCCAGGGGAAGAAUCGCACCAGACGCAGGUACUCCUAUUGGAGUGCCCAGAAAAUCGCACUGGAUCCCAGGGUUGAUUUUAAACGGAAGACGAUGCUGAUAGCCCUGGGCUACCUGGACAGCACCAACUUCCCCAUAUCCUCGAUGCUGGCCAACGAAUACGAGGCCAGAGGAUACAACGUCAUCAUAGUGGACAACCAGAGAUUUUCCACUGUUCAUUAUUAUUUAGCAGCGCGCCUCAUGCGGCCAGUGGGAAAACACGUCGCCGAAAUUCUAGCAAAAUUAGCUCGCCAAGGCCUAGACCCGGCUAACCUAGAGCUCGUAGGCUUCAGCCUAGGCGGACAAACUGUUAGCUACAUUGCCAAAAACUAUAAAAGAAUUACCGGAAAGUCUAUUUCAAAAAUCACUGGUCUAGAACCAUCUGGGCCUUGCUUUCGACAUCUACCCCCGAAUGACAGGUUAGAUUACACUGAUGCUGAUUUCGUAGAAGUCAUCCAUACGAAUAUUGAUGGCUUUGGUAUGGCGGCAAGAAUGGGCCAUGUAGACUUUUAUGUCAAUGGAGGGGAAUACCAGCCCACGGAUUUAUUAUCUUUACCCUGCGCGGCGACGUGCAGCCAUUUUAGAGUUCUCCCUAUUUGGAUUUCGGCAUUGAAUAACCCUACAAGUUUUGUAGCUAUAAAGUGCGAUAGUAUUCAAAGCGCUAGAGAUUCAAAUUGUUAUAAAAAUGACAAUUUAGACACUAAUUUAUUGGGUCUUAAUGUGAAUAAAACCAGCCAUGGUGUGUUUUAUUUAGCGACUGGUUUGGAUUACCCAUAUUAUUUAGGGGAGAAUGGUUUGAAGGAAGAAUAUGCGGCGUGGAGAAGAAUCACGAAUGUGAAUGAUGGGAAUGCAACGGAAGUUUACACUUAGCAAAUACAUUCGUAUUGAAAUUA